AUUAUAAUGUCAUGUCUAUUAACCGUGUCCAAAAGCUCCUUUUCUCAGAAUAUUGUGAUUUUGAAGAUAUGGUAUUGAUUGAAAGUCCAUUCGCACAAACCACGAAAGAAGGUCAGGGUAUAAGACAAGUAUACUUGGGCCUCACUCCUACGAAAUUAGUAUUAGCAACUGAUGUGAUCCCACCUGUCGAGAGAUCCUGCACCCAUUUCACCCCUGGCAUAGAUCCAGACAUUGAGACUUUCGAACUCAUCGCUAUCUAUCCAGUGGAGUGCGUCAAUUUGACAGUUUUUUCCAAGCAGAAACGACAGGCGUUGAAGGCACAUUUUUGUAACAAUAGUGUAUUAUACUUUGAGCUAGGAGGAUUCGAAAAUAGAGAGAUGUUCUGGAAUCUUUGGCAGGAACGCAUCAGGUUCCUUUCUCCCGAUGACAACGGCUCGUCCAAGUCUCAAACAUCAGUAGCCUCGUCUUCUACCAGCAGCACCCUGUAUCUGGUGGAUAGCAGGGAGGUUGUCAAUCCGAACGGUCUCAAGCAAGUGUGGUACAAAUUCGGAACUGGUAAUAGUCAAUCGAACCUGUUUCGGAAAUGGACAGACCGACAUCUGUAUAUGGGAAAAAACUUAGAAGAUCCAACAAAGCACUACGUUCCACGAAUGAAAAAGCCGACGCUAAAGGAGUUUGUGCAGCACGCUAAGAUGACUAGGAAUAAAACUAGUCCGUGCAGUAGUGACAUAGUUCAAAACUCUUCACUUACUCAAAUGAGUAAUUCCAUCAAUAGAUUUGGAAAUGGAAUAAAGGAUAAUUGCAGCACUACCUUGAUUUUACCUCCCACAGUGGACGAAUCUGGGGAAUUCAAAACCCAUCGAAGCUACUCACUUCAGGAGUUGAUUAACAUGGCAGAAACAUGCCUCAAACUGUGGGAGUCAAAUCCAUCAUCAUCGAAGGCUACACAUAAGCGCAGAUAUGGAUUGAGUCCACAUCCUCAUUUCCUGCAUGGCUUGGGACCUUGGAAUGUACCUCCGGGCUGCAAAUAUUCAAUUCAGGUGAAACGAGCCGUUUCCACAGUAACCAUCAAGAGACAACCUGCCGAUAGUGAGCUAAGGCUUCCGAUUUCGAGAAGGCAGCUGUUGACAACUAUAUCCUUCGAUGAUCUGAAUGCUGAUCGCUUGAUUGACAGAUGGGGAGCACACAAUCUACCGGUUGUACUGUUCUGGACUCCUUGUUAUUGGUACCGACCUAGAACGGCCAAAUAUGCUUAUGAUGAAUUACAAUAUCAUCUUUCCAGUAUUAAAGAAUGGCGAGAAAGUAAACACAGCAGGAAGUACUCAUUGAAGAAGUUCUGCUGUCAAAAAAAGAUAAAAAUGAAGAGCGAAACAAACUCCGACAUGGACAUAGAUUCAUUGAAUACUGGCAAUACGAAAAACAAAACUCGUCGAUCCAGUAAAAAGUACAGUCUGUCCAAGAAUAUAGGUCGACGCUGGUGGUUUGCAAUUUUAGAUUCUUUGAGGAGUAAGCGAGAAACGCCUCUGCAAAGAUUGAAGAAAGCACUCAAGAUUGACGUCAUUCUUUCUGCUUGGGACUUCGAUUCUACUACUUUGGCUCAACAGUUGACACUUAUCGAUAAAGAUCUUCUCGUUCGUGUUACCAGUAUUGAGUUGGGAACUAUCAUUUGGCAACAGUCCUCUAAAAAUACUCCCAAUAUAUCUGCGAUCAUAGCUUUCGCACACAGAAUCAGUUGUUUGGUUACAACUGAAAUUUUGAAGGAAGAAUCUGAAAAGGUCAGAGCACGUCUUAUUGCAAGAUUCAUCAAUGUAGCCGACAAAUGCCACCGGAUGUCAAAUUAUCAGUCUUGCAAAACUGUUCUUUGUGGCUUGCAAACCCUAGCCAUUUUCAGAUUGAGGAUAACUUGGGCGUACGUCAGGAAAAAGCAUGCAUCAACUUAUCAAGUUUUCGAGUACCUUUGUAGAUUGUAUAGAGAUAUAAGGCUACCGUCUUAUCAGAAAUCCUUCCACAUAGCUGUACAAGAUGCACCGUACUUGCCCCAAAUUGCAGAUAUAUUGGGAAGGCUACUUGAUCGCAUUCCUGAUUAUAAAUUGCAACCAAUGAGAAUUAAGGCUAUCACAAGAAGAGCAAAUCAAACCCAAUUGCAACGAAUGAAUCCUUUGAUACAAAAAAAUGAAAACAACUUAACUCUGAUGAACUUUGUUAUGUUCUUCAAAAAUAUGAUUCAAUCAAACAAUGCUGAUGGAGAUAAGAGAAUUUCCAAGAACAGUCUAGAAACACCAUUUACAUUUAAGUCUCUCCAUAACUAUUUCAAGCCAUUGGAAUUCUAUGAAGAUAAUAAAAUAAGACGCCUUCAAGAGACGUCGAUGAUCCUGUACAACUGUCAACUUGCCGUUACUAGCUAUUCCUUUGGUAGAAAUGACUUGGCAAGAAAUUACCUACUGAAAGCUCGGUAUAAGGAAGAUAAGGAAAAUUUUUAUGUUUCUCUGAAUAUCGAACCUCCAUUUUUUUUAUGAUAAGUUCUCAAAUAAUAAACUGUAAAGGAAG